GGAACAGCCUGCAUGCCAUCACUCGCCAGGCGCAGCAGCAGACGACGCGACGAUUUCCAGGAAUUGAAAGAAGACUCUUGCCACCAAACCGGUUUUAAAAGGUUGGCUGUGAGGUGAAAAUUUCAUUAGCCUUUAACUCUUCAUACUACCUCGUCGUGAUCAACAUCAGGAUCAACGAUGGUUUGGUCAAAUGUAGCUCUGUUACUGUUAGCUGUGUGCUUCAAAUUAUCGCUGUCUACUGUCGUGCAGUUUGGUAGACUUGAGCGUCAAAAACUGGAAGUUCUGCAACUUCAGCCUCAGGUUGAGGCUGUCAAAGUUGCAGAACUUCCAGUUCCAGAACAGGCAGAAGUCGAAAGGGGCUUAGUAAUAACGUUUCCCGGGAAGGUCCACCUGAAUUCAACAGAAAGAGUAUGUUUCACUGCCGCAAAUGUCACAGGAAGUAUGGGUAUCGAAGCGAAGUUUGUCUAUGGGUUAGCAGUUGGACACAUUAGUACCUGGACUGGCGCUGAAAGAGAUGGAUGUGUGAAUAUUUCUACACAGGUCAAUCAUGGAUCUCUGCCUCGUGAAAAUCGCCAUCGUCCCCCAAGACAAGGGCAGAUUGAUUUGAAAUGGUUUGUUGAAAGGACACCAGGUAUUUUGACCUUGGAAAAAACCUACAUCAGAAAUGUUGCUGUUGUGCCUCUCAGGACCCAGACCUUUAUCCAGUCAGAUAAACCAAUCUAUCAACCAGGACAAAAAGUUCUUUUCCGAGUGAUGACUUUACUGUACCCCAGCUUGCUUCCUGAUACUGAAAACAGGAAUGAUAUUUGGAUUACGUCUCCCAGUGGGACAAGAAUACAGCAGUGGAGAAAUCAAAUCAGUAGUGAUGGCCUGCUUGAUUUGACCUUUGAACUUGCUGAAGAACCUGAGCUUGGAGACUGGAGGAUACAUGUUGGAGUGUUUCAUCCUCGCAGAGAAGAAAUAACAUCACAAGUCUUUAAAGUUCAAGAAUAUGUGCUGCCAAAGUUUGAUGUUUCAAUUCGUCAUCCAUCCUUUAUCUAUGCUGGUACCACUGAUCCGAUCACCGUUACGAUAUGUGCAAAGUAUACUUAUGGUCAGCCUGUACGAGGUCACAUAUCUGCAGUUAUUGCAGUAUUUGAUGAAUUUAACAGACUUCCAGGGACAAGCAACUUUGAUUUUGAAGAGGAAGCUGAAGAGGACACAGGUUGCAAAGAUAUUACUGUUGAAGCUGAGAGUUUAUUGCGAGAAGCACUUGAGUCACGCUAUUCUCGCCGUCAGCUGAGCUUGUAUGUCUCUGCUCAUUUCACGGAAAGGGGCACAGGUGUAAUGAUGAAUGCUACUAGUAGAGAUGCUAAGAUUGAGAAGGACAUUUUCUCAAUCAAGAUUAAAGGCCCAGAUUAUUUCAAACCCUUACUACCAUACCGUGGAAAAGUUGUAUUGACUUAUCCUGAUGGUUCACCAGUAGGCUUCAAAACGGUGAUAGUUUCGUGUCGUGACGACCGUCAGUCCUAUGAAACACGAGCCGAUGGAACAGCUGAAUUCACGAUCGAUACAACCCACAGAUCUUCAAUUACCUCAUUAAGCAUUAGGGCAGAAGUAGAUGGGUCUUCCUUCCCUGAUUUACCAGAAUAUUUCUCGUGGUCUACUACUUCACGGGCAUUCAAGGGGAUUACAGCAUGGUAUUCUCCAAGUGGUUCCUUUCUUCAAAUCUCAGAUAUCACAGAUACACUAUCUAUUAAUCAGCCAGUUCCUGUUCAUCUCCAUUUCACAUUGCCAAGGAAUGAGACACAGAUCACAUUCUUUUACAGGAUUAUUUCUGGAGGAAGAAUCACAGCUAGUGGUAAUUACAGCUGGACCAACAACGCUGAAAGCACAGCUGAUAGAGAUCUACCCAUUAUUCAGUCUGAGAUCGUCUCUCGAAUCGCAGCCUCUAGCUCAGCCUCUUCACGAUCUAGACGUCAACUCAGACGUCGUUCCUCUCCUUUUUGGCCAGGAUAUGAAGAUAUUGCCCCUGAGUUACCAAACUAUCAUAGGAACGGCACCAAAGCCAGUGCAGUCUUUUUCUUCAAUGCAAUAUCUGAAAUGUCUCCAAGUAGUAAAAUCCUUGUCUAUUAUAUCCGGAAGGAUAAUGAAGUGGUCAGUGCAAGUACUAACUUCAAAAUGGCAGCUGCUUUUAAGAAUCAGGUAUCGGUUGAGUUUGUCAAUGAGAGGGUGAUCCGACCAGGUCAAACUGCUUCUAUAGCUCUCAAUGCUAGAAAUGGCUCACUUUGUGCUUUGGGUGUUGUCGAUAGAAGUGUGCAUAUCCUAGGUGGAGACAAUCAACUUUCUAAAGAAAAGGUGAUGAAUCCUUUGAAUAGUUUGAAUCCAGUCCAAGGUUCAUUCAACAGUAGCUGCCCUACAGACUCUUCACGCUCAUCCUCAAGCAAGCAUGCUGAUAGUGCAGAAGGAUUUAGGAAAGCUGAUGUUGGUUUCUACAGUGACCUUAAGUUAGAAACCAGACCGUGUUGGGAGAGAAGGACAAUUCCCUGUACUUAUUGGCGUUGCUUCAGAGAUUCUCCAAGGAUCCUUGCAAUGAUGCCACAACAUAGGAUGCCAGGACUACCGGGUCCAAUGCCUGAUGCAGAAAUUCGCUUUAAUGCUCCUGUAGCAAUGCAAUUUGAUAUGGAUAUGGUUGCGGAAGUAAAUGUAGUACAAGAUACUCCAGGGCAAGAAGAAACACCGAUCACUGAACUGCGUAAUUACUUCCCAGAAACAUGGCUUUGGAAACUCAAUAGAAUAGGAUCCACUGGUCAACAUGUGAUAGAAGAAGAGAUCCCACACACCAUUACUGAGUGGGUUGCUAAUGCCUUCUGUCUCUCAUCUCAGUAUGGAAUAGGAGUAGCAGAGACUACAUCCAUCAGAGCAUUCCAACCUUUCUUUCUUUCCUAUACUAUUCCAUACUCCAUCAUCCGGGGUGAGAAGGCACCGGUCAAAGUGACUGUCUUCAACUACCUCAGUCAGUGCCUCAAUAUCCGACUGUCCAUGACUGAGUCUUCAAAUUUCACAAUUGAGACCCGCCCAGAAUCAGAGACUGUAGAGGUUUGUGGUAACUCUGCUGACACUUUGGAAUAUGAGAUCAUACCUACAGCUCUUGGUGACAUCCCAAUCAGAGUUACUGCGGUCGGUGAACCAAGUUCUGAUCGUGGUGAUCUUCCAAACGAUGCUACCUUCACUGAUGCUCUGGAGGAUACGAUUCUUGUUGAGCCUGAGGGUGCAGAACGAGAGGAGACCUUUAGUGAGUUGAUCUGCCCUCAUGAUGAAAGUAAUGGAGUUUUUGAGCAGACCAUCUCUCUAGAUCUACCAUCGGUGGUAGUAGAAGGAUCUACACGUGGAAGAGUACAGGUUAUAGGUGACAUCAUGGGACCAGUGAUGUCAAACCUUGAUAGUCUGUUGAGGAUGCCGUUUGGAUGUGGAGAGCAGAAUAUGAUUUUCAUGGCUCCUAACAUCUAUGUCAUGCAGUAUCUCUCUCUCACCAACCAGCUUACGUCAGAAAUUAAAGAGAAAGCUCUCAAGUUCAUGGCAAGUGGAUAUCAGAGAGAACUUGGAUACCAGCUAAUGGAUCACUCCUACAGUGCCUUUGGACAAAGUGAUGGGGUAGGAAGUACAUGGUUGACAGCGUUUGUUCUGAAGUGCUUCAGCCAAGCAAGAGAUUUCAUGGAUAUUGAUGAGAGAGACUUGGCCAGGACAAAACGAUGGCUGAUAAGCAAUCCUCAAGAUCAUGACAAUGGCUGCCUUGUCACGAGAGGACGUGUCAUCCACAGAGAGAUGCAGGGUGCAGUAACAAGUCCAGUAACGAUGACAGCAUUUGUUCUCAUAUCCUUAAUGGAGGCUGGUGGUGAUCCUCAGGAACAUUCCCUGGCAUCUGCUUUUGACUGCCUUCGAUCUAACAUUGAGGAUAAUGGAGCAACCAUGGAUACAUACACUCUAGCUAUCAGUAGUUACGCUCUAGGUCUUGGUGGAGACUACGUCACUCAAGCCAUAGCCCUCAACUUACUGAAUGGCAGGGCCCAUGGAAAUGCUGCUGGGAGAUAUUGGAAGAGAUCAGAACUACCAAGCAUGGAUGAAGAAGAUGAUCACCCACAUUGUCAUAGUUUCUGUAAGUCUGACUCCUCUGCUGUGGAAAUAACUUCUUAUAUCCUUCUGGCUUACAUGCACCGUAAUAUGCCUGUUAGUGAUGUUCUGAUACAAACCAUGCCAAUGGUUAAAUGGCUCAACACACAACGCAAUGGCAACGGUGGCUUUUCAUCAACUCAGGAUACCGUACUUGGACUCCAAGCAUUGUCUGAAUUUGCAGAACUUGCCUACGACCCUGAGGUACCGUUGGAUGUAACCAUAGAUGUCUCUGCUACGAGGGCUUCCCCCAAUAACCCUCAGGAGCUUAGUUUUACUGUUGAUCAUCACAACAGUCUGGUGUUACAGAGGGAAGAGCUUGAGGAGGUACCAACUGAACUGACAUUGACAGCUACAGGCAGGGGAUGUGUUCUAUUCCAGGCUGAAAUGAUGUACAAUGUACCAGUUUCAAGUCCCAAUCGUCUCCUCUUUGACAUUACCACAACGGUUAGAGAUUGGGAGACCAAUGCUGUCACUGAGCCUGGAGUGUGUGGAGAUAAGAUCCUAGACAUCUGUGUCAGGUAUGUUGGGAGUGAUAACGAGACUGGAAUGGCCACAAUGGAGGUCAAGAUGGUGUCUGGUUACGUCCCUCAUGAACAAUUUCUGAAUGAAUUACAGCGUGACUUAGGUCAUGCUAUCGGCUUCAAGCGCUUUGACAAAUACAAGCCUGGAGAACCUCUUUCGCUUUACUUUGAUAAGUUUGAUAAUGUUGUACGCUGCAUACCCAUUAAACUGAAGCAAGAGAUGUUUGUCAAGGAUACUAAGGAUGCAGUUAUCAAAGUCUAUGACUAUUACAAACCAGCUGUGGUUGGCUUCAAGAGCUACAAUACAUGUGAAGCUGAAGACCUAAAUUGAAGACUGCGGCACUAGACUUAUCAUUGCAAUAGCUCAUUAAUCUAUGCAAAAGACAAUGGUUUGGCUUACUAUAUAUACAAAAUCACAAAUAAUUGUGUAUGUAAAUAGCCCACAACUUAUGGACCAAAUUUUGAUACUUUUAUUAGUUUGAUUCCAUACAUCAUGCACAUGUUUAUUUUCAGUGCACAUUAUGUUUUAAUUUGGUGCUAAAUAUUCUGAAGCUUCAUAAAAAUUUCAAUAGAAUCAAAAUGAAAAUUCCUCAAAAUCCAUUUUGAGUAGUCUAGAACUCAAUGUUACUCUAUAUGUGGAAGAAUUCUAAAAGUACUCAUAAACAAGGUUUGUACUGACAUUUUAUUGUAUUAAUUGUAUGUAUGUGAACAUGUUUUGGUAGGGAACUUAAGUCUCAACGAUAGUUUUGGAUAAGGAGAGAUGCAAGAAUAGGUAUUUCUAUAUCAACUGUAAAAUGUUUGUGCUUUUAUAAUUGAAAACAAUUUAUUUUUACAUUUGUGUAUUCUAAUUUUUCUACUCUACAUGUAUGUUCUUUAAAAAAAAACCCAAGAAAGGUGAGCUGAAUGGGUACCUGUUAGGAAUUUAUUCCUUGAAAUGCAGCGUGCAUAACAGCUGCUCUGCUAAAGCCAGGGUACACCUGUAAUUAAGUUGGAUUACUGUAGAGCGCCAAGAGAUAAAGUAAGCGUUAAAGUGAUUGGUUAACAUUG